AGGCAUCUGAGGCCUCCGCUGCAACCCAAAAGGGGAGUCCUUAUCAAGGGCGGAAGUGAACGAUCCAGAGGUUUUACUUUUCGGUGGAGCCCGGGAGAAGUUUGUGGGUUGCGCGUUUCAGUGGGUGGGACAAGCCCGGCGGGAGCCUUGCGCGGCAGGGAGUUAACCAGGAGGAGUUCAAAAGUUUGGGAGUCGUUGCGGGAGGGGGCUUCUGAGCAGUUUGCCAGGGGAGCAGAUUUCGAAUGGCUGCAGACCAUGGUGGUGGUGGUGGUGGGAGCCGUCUCCCCCAGGGAAUAGGCUGCAAGGCUUAAGAGCUUCUGGGCGGAAAGGGAGGGUCGGGGAGCUGGUUUCCUCCUCCCGCCCGGGCAAGACAGCGCGAGGGUCCAGCAGCGGGAGGUCGGAGGAUCCGCGCAAGGCGGCGGGAGGUGUGGGGGGGGGGCACCUAGAACUGCCAGCAGAGGCCUAGGGAGCGCAAGGCGAAAAGCGGGCGCCCACGGUCGCCUGCCUUCCGCGCGCAGCAGGGAGUGAACAGCCGGCGGCUCCGGUAGACGGGACCUGGGCUUGGCCAGCCGCCUCAGCCAGAGUGGAGGCCACCCGGGGAACCGCUCGGAGUUCGCCGACUCUCUUCCUCCCCGCCCCAUGUCUCUACGGGUGGUGCUGCCGCCGGGCUCCUACUGUCCCAUGACGCGCCUCACGGUAGUCUCUGAGGCGGCCAGACCUUGCUCAGCUGUGGCUGCUGUGGCGGCUACCGCUGCCGCCUCAAACCCGCCGCCCCUGCCGCCCCCUCGUCGGCUCCGCUGCUCCGGCUCCGGCUUCCGGCAGCCCCAGCCACCCUCCCUAUCCCCCGUGGCUUCACGUCUGAACGGGGCCUCGUCCGCUGCCUGCCAGAGCCCGCUGCCGGCCAGACCGCUGCUGUCCCUGGGGCUGCUCCAGUUGAUUUUGGGGUGCAGCAUGGUGGCCCUAAGUUUUGGGGCGCUCUCCCUCAGCAACUCCCCGCAGGUGAAGAACUCCUGUCCCUUCUGGGCCGGCUCCUCGGUCAUUUUAUCAGGGAUUAUAGGAUUAACAAUAUGGAAGAGACCCAUGAUACUUUUGGUUAACUUGUUUGUUUUGCUUUCUGUUAUUUGUGUUCUCUUGAACCUGGCUGGCUUUAUUCUUGGAUGCCAAGGUGCUCAAUUUGUGUCCAGUGUCCCUAGAUGUGAGCUGGUUGCUGGAAGUAAAAUUUGUUUCUGCUGUGAAGAAUUUAUGCCAGCAAAAUGCACCAAGAAAGAAAAUGCAUUGGAAUUGUAUGCAAUCCAGUCAUGCAGUUCAGUUCACCUUCUACUCAAAAAAGUUCUCUUUGCUCUCUGUGCUCUGAAUGCCUUGACAACCACUGUUUGUUUGGUAGCUGCUGCCCUACGUUACCUGCAGAUAUUUGCAACCAGAAGAUCCUUCAGAGAAGAACCGCAAGUUUAUACAGAGGAAGUUGAGGAAGAUGGCCAUGCUUCUGAUGCUGAUGAUUUUGUGCCACCAGCCCCACCUCCGUCAUAUUUUGAUACCUUCUAUUCUUCCACACCACGAGGCAAUCGCAGGAUGCUCGGUUCUGAUGUCAUUCCAUUACCACACAUUUAUGGAGCCCGAAUUAAAGGCGUUGAAGUUUUCUGCCCUCUUGAUCCCCCACCUCCUUAUGAAGCUGUGAUGAGCCAGAUAAGACAUGAGCAGGAAGAUGCAUCCAAUCCAGCUGUUGUAGAAGCUGUAAAUGACCCACCUGAACAAAAUGAUGCACAGGUACCACAAGGAGAUGAAAGUUCUCCUAAUUCUUUGAGUAGAGAGACCACCUUGUCUCCAGAUGCCAGCUUGGUACCUGUGGGGACUUCUCAGCUAUUCAGAAAACGAUCAAAAAGUGAUCCUGUUCUUCAGUCCUUUCCAUUCAGAGGUCCAGUGCUAAGUUGUGAAGCUGCCACUCAAACAGACCGAAAACCACAGCUGGCUACUGUCAUUUUGCGGAAAAGUCUGAGAGCAAAGGCUGCUGCACGCUCAAGGCCUCAGUCUUUAAUAGACUACAAAUCAUAUAUAGAUACUAAGCUUCUGGUAGCCAAAUUCUUGGAGCAGUCCUCCUGCAACAUGACGCCUGACAUACAUGAACUAGUAGAAGACAUCAAAUCUGUCUUAAAAUCAGAUGAAGAGCACAUGGAGGAAGCCAUCACCAGUGCCAGUUUUCUCGAGCAGGUCAUGACUCCUGCUCACCGAGCCAUAACAGGAGCGCACACACUGCCUUUCAGGAGACAUCCGGGACUUUUGCACUUGGAGAGCUGUGGAGAUGUAAGUACUUUUACUAUAGCCGGAACCCGGGGGCCAGGCAGGAAGACGCAGCGGAUGGAGCCAGAGCGGCCUCACAGCCUCAUCGGAGUCGUCCGAGAAACAGUACUCUGAGCUCAGUUGCUUUUUGGUCCUUCGUGGAGUGCAAAGACUGGAGCAAGGAAGCAGUUGGAUGAAGGGAUCCUUAAUCUAUGUUUCUGAUCUACGUACUACUGCUUUUGAAAGAGCUCUUGAGGAAAAAGUUGGA